AUGAGUGCAAGGGAAUUUCACAGCACUCCUACGCAGAAGGGACCAUACAUCCCUAUUCUGCUCUCGUUUUUAAAGACGUCAAGCGCCAUUCAAGUUGCAGGAACUGUUUCCAGGAUAGCGCUGACAUUCAUCCCGGUCGUAUUUCUUAAGAAUCUGAAGGGGCGGAAGAUACUGCAAAGGAUCGACCACAAAAUGAGUAACGGACAUACCAAUCUUGACGAGAAAAGGGCUACGUUAUCGAAACGAGUUCGACAGAGCACUAUCCUGUUUCAUGUACUGCUCUUCACGCCAGUUGUUUUAUUCUGGUUGACUAUCCUGGCGAGCUUGGAGAGGACACCUCUGACAGGCAGGUGGAGACUAAUUCUUCUCUCCCCCGAAGAAGAAGAGGAUAUUUCUGCCCAGUUGGCAGGUCCAGGGUGGUAUAUAGCUGUUGGAGAAAUCCUGUCGCAGAAUGGCCCGCCAAAACUGCUUGAUCCAGGUGACUGGCGAUUUGGGUGGGUGCAGGACACAUUGCGGCAGCUGGAGGCCGUGAUUCCGGUACUGCAAAAUGAGAAGGAAUUACUCCCAGACUGGAUGGAUCCUGAUUCUUUCGGUAUUGAGCGCCCACCACCCGCAGACUAUCCCCUUCGCCCGCGUCCUCGUGCAUCGGAUUACUUCCGUCGAUUUGCAGAGGCCGCAUCUUCGCGUACAGUGCCUUCUGCACCCCAUGUCAUCCCGGGACCACCGUACUCGUUACUUGUCGUCGAUCAGCCUGAUUCAUCUAAUGCGUUCUCGUACGGAUUUGGACCUGACGGGGCUGGCGGCGUCGUCGUGUUUUCGGGCUUUCUAGACGACAUUCUGUCGAAGCAUCCUACAUCCUCGGGAGCACCUCCCCCGGCACGGACGUCGUGGUUCUCGGGCCUUUUCGGUGGCCUGUUCACGCUAGGCACGCGUGUGCCUCCACAUCCGACUCCAACUGAAGAGCAAACUUCGGAAUUGGCGAUACUGCUCGCGCACGAACUUGCUCAUUUACUACUCACGCACCACAUCGAGACGCUAUCAUCUGGUUCGAUAAUAUGGCCCGGCAUCAUGUCUAUCGUGACGGACGUCGUGCGCACGCUACUGUUCCCUUUCACCAUGCUUUUUGGGCCGUUCAUUAACGACGCCCUUGCGGGAGUAGGCAAGGCCAGUUCUGGGGAGUUUGCAAAAUUAACCGAAUACUGUACAAGUCAGGCGCAGGAAAUUGAAGCUGACAUCGUAUCUGCGAGAUUACUUGCCCAUGCUGGCUUUGACCCUCACCACGCACUGCAAUUCUGGGAGGGCCGGCAGGAAACCCCACAAACGGCGGAGUGCUCGCCUGCCUAUGCAGAAGCAAAACACGACGAAACAUUGCAACACCGCUGGGUGAGCUCAACUCAUCCCGUGAAUGUCGUACGCGUGCAGAAGCUCAAGGAGGAGCUGGAUCGCUGGGAGACUGCUAGGUCGAAGGCGCGCGAGCAACGGCAAGCAGAAUACUUAGAAUGA